AUGGCACCACCAGCAACGCAGUUCGAGCUCGCGCAACCGCCCAACGAUGCCAUCUCAGCACUCGCCUUCUCGCCAGACUCGCCGUCGCGCUUGCUAGCUUCCUCCUGGGACAAGAACAUCUACCUAUACGACACGCUCCAGAGCGGCGACGACGGAAGUCACGGGAUCCUGCUACAAACGUUUGAGAACCGUGCGCCGGUGUUGGACGUGUGUUUUGGGAGAGAUGGCAACGAGGCUUUCAGCGCCGGCAUGGAUUGGCAGGUCCGGCGCAUCGAUCUCGAUAGCGGCGAGCAGACUACGUUAAGCAAGCAUGCUGCGCCUGUGCGGAGGGUCGUAUAUAACAAAGAACACUCUCUACUCUUAUCCGCCUCCUGGGACAGUACCUUACACGUCCACGACCCAUCGAACCCCUCCCUCUCCCCCUUAAUCGUCCCUCUCCCCGGCAAGCCGCACGCCAUGGCUGCCAGCCCGUCUAAGGUGAUCGUAGCCAUGACAUCGCGACUAGUGCACAUCUACGACCUAUCCGCCCUUUCCAGCGCGCUGGCCUCGCAAUCCGGAGAACCGCCGCAGCCGUGGCAACAGCGCGAGUCGUCCCUAAAAUUUCUGACGCGCGCCGUAGCUGCCAUGCCGUCAGACGCCGGGUACGCGACGUCGUCGAUCGAGGGGCGCGUGGCGGUAGAAUGGUUCGACGCGAGCGCCGAGUCGCAAGCCCGCAAGUACGCCUUCAAAUGCCACCGCACAGCACACCCGCAAGCCGACGGCAGCAGCACCGACGUCGUUUACCCCGUCAAUUCGCUCGCCUUCCACCCUGUCCACGGCAGUACUUUUGCCAGCGGCGGCGGCGAUGCCACCGUUGCCCUGUGGGAUGCCGAGGCCAAGCGCCGCAUGAAAGUGUACCAGAAGUUUGCAGACAGCGUCGCGGCCCUUGCAUUCAGUUCCGAUGGGCGGUAUCUCGCCGUCGGCGUGUGUCCCGGUUUCGAGACGGGUAUGGAGGACUACAGCGGCGAGGGUCGUACCAAGAUCUUUGUAAGAGAGCUCGGCGAGAACGAAGCCUUACCUAAGGGUAAGGGUAAGUAG